AUGGAAGGUUUGCUGUGCUUUCUGCAUUCACCUGCAGCUACUCCCAUUGGUCGCCCUUCUCUAAUUUACGCUUCAAAAUCAAAGAAAAAUAGCUGGUUGAGAGCGAAACUCAACGCUGAAAAUGACCCAUUAUUCCAAGCCGCUACUGAUGCUGCUUCACUUCGUUUCCAGGAAAUGCAUCGACCAGAGCCUCUUUUUGUGGAUCCAUAUGCCGGUUGCUUUGUUCAUCCCAAUGUAACGAUGGAUUUGAAGAAGUGCUCACACCAGUAUUGCCUCGCAACUAAAUUCAUUGAUGAUAAGUUACUUCGUGCGGUGAACCAUAUUGACGGGCUCAAGCAGGUUGUUCUGUUAACAGAUGGGAUGGACACUCGACCAUAUAGGCUUAACUGGCCAACUUCAACUAUAAUAUUUGACAUAUCCUCAGAAAGGAUAUUUAAAAAAUCAGCUGAAAAGCUUCAAGGUGUUGGGGCUAAGGUUCCAAGAAGUUGCUUGUCCCUUCAUGUUCCUUUGGAGUCCCCUGAUAUACAGCACAGUCUGCUUGCUAAAGGCUUGAAUGGCAAUCGGCCUAGUAUAUGGGCUAUCCAGGGACUGCCUGUUAUGACUUUGGCAAAUUUCAAAGAAAUUUUGUUGGUUGCCAGUAGUUUGGCCAUGAGUGGAUGUUUGUUUUUAGGCGAACUGCCUGCAUGGUUGGCAGAAACUGAAAUUGGGAUCAAGCCCUGCACAGAGAAAUGGAUGAGCAAACUCUUCAUGAGCAAUGGCUUCCGGGUAGACAUGAUUGGCUAUGAUGAAGUUGCUAGGAGUUUAGGCAAGGAAGUAGCAUCAAUAGAGUACAAGAAUAUAUUGUUUGUCGCAGAACAAUUGCAAUAUUCAGACGACCAGAUGGAAACUUGGAGGAGAGAAUCACAAAGGGUUGAGGAGGAAGGAGAUGAAGAAGGUUUUGAGGAGCUCUAA